ACUCGGAGCACGCAGUCUCUCUCUCUCUCUCUCUCUCUCCUCAACCAAAUAAGGAAGCCGAGGGGCCAAAUUGAAGGGCAAAGCCGGACUACAAUCACCGCCGGUGACCACACCGCGGCCUUCAGAACUCGGAGGUGGCCCUGGUCGAUUGCAGAUACUAAUUUCGACGGAUUUUCACCGAUUUCGGGAGAUCUGGCGCCGGUUUCAUCGCGAAUCGGGUCCGCAUUCUGCGAGGGAGGACGGGAUCUGAUCGAUUUUGGUGCAAACUUUUUUCAGUGCGUCUGUCUGGGAUUCUUCUGGCUCUUUUUCGAGGUUUUCUCCCCCUUGUCGCCUGAUCGCUGAGGUUCCUCCUCCAUUUGAGGAGGAGGAGGAGGACAGGAAGGAGUCGGGGAGCGCGAAUUUUAGAGCGAGGGCCUUUUGGAGCCUGGAAUUCGAAGUGAAAUCUUAACUAGUUCAGUUCACAUGCCGGAGCCUCGAGGAUCGGUUUCGCCUUCGAUUUCGUCUUCGUCUUCUCGAUCUCGAGAAUCAAAUGGAGCAUUGGACAUGGACGACCCUGAAUCCACCAUGGCCACCGUGGCUCAUUUUUUGGAGCAGCUUCACACUAGCAUGUCUUCACAAUCUGAGAAGGAGCUGAUAACUGCAAGGUUGCUGGCAAUUGUCCGAGCUCAAAAGGAGGCAAGGGCUUUGAUUGGUUCCCAUUCUCAGGCAAUGCCAUUGUUCAUUUCCAUUCUUAGGAGUGGAACCCCAGUUGCUAGAGUGAAUGUUGCUGCAACCCUCAGUGCCCUCUGCAAGGAAGAAGACCUACGAGUAAAGGUUCUUCUGGGAGGGUGCAUACCUCCACUACUGACUCUUCUCAAGUCGGGAUCGUCUGAGGCAAGAAAAGCUGCAGCUGAGGCCAUAUUUGAAGUUUCCUCUGGUGGGCUUUCUGAUGAUCACAUUGGAACGAAGAUAUUUAUCACUGAGGGUGUUGUGCCAACUCUCUGGGACCAGCUAAAGCAGAAGCUUAAACAAGACAGGGUGGUUGAAGGCUUUGUUACUGGGGCCCUUAGGAAUCUUUGUGGGGACAAGGAUGGAUACUGGAGGGCCACACUCGAGGCUGGUGGAGUGGAGAUCAUCACAGGCCUUCUUUCUUCAGACAACACCUCAGCUCAGUCUAACGCUGCUUCACUCUUGGCACGGCUGAUCCUGGCCUUUGGUGAUAGUAUUCCGAAAGUCAUAGAUGCUGGGGCAGUAGGAGCUCUUCUCCAUCUUUUAGGCCGGAACAAUGAUAUUUCUGUUCGUGCCGGUGCUGCUGAUGCUUUGGAGGCCCUUUCUUCCAAGUCAACCAUUGCUAAGAAGGCUGUAGUGGAUGCAGGCGGCAUACCGAUCCUAAUUGGAGCUGUGGUGGCUCCUUCCAAGGAGUGUAUGCAAGGGGAAACAGGCCAUGCCUUGCAGGGACAUGCAGUUCGUGCCUUAGCAAAUAUUUGUGGUGGUAUGUCUUCUCUCGUGCUUUACCUUGGAGAGCUUGCACAAUCCCCUCGCCUUUCUGCUCCUGUUGCUGACAUAAUUGGAGCUUUGGCAUACUCGCUAAUGGUUUAUGAGGGCAUUGAAGAAAAAGUGUUUGAUCCUAUCCAGAUUGAGGAAAUCCUUAUAAUAUUAUUAAAGCCUCGAGAUAAUAAACUCAUCCAGGACCGUGUUCUUGAGGCUUUGGCUAGUCUCUAUGGAAAUGCUUAUUUCGUCAAUAGGCUUGACUAUGCGGAUGCAAAACGGGUGCUUAUUGGGUUGACAACAAUGGCUUCCAUUGAUGCCCAAGAACAUCUAAUUCUGUCCUUAAGUAGCUUGUGCUGCGAUGGAGUUGGCAUCUGGGAGGCUCUUAGAAAGAGAGAGGGCAUUCAGUUGUUGAUAUCAUUGCUUGGGCUUUCCAGUGAACAGCAUCAGGAGUACGCAGUUGCUUUGUUGGCCAUCUUGACUGAUCAAGUAGAUGACAGCAAGUGGGCUAUUACAGCUGCAGGAGGAAUCCCUCCAUUGGUUCAGUUGCUGGAGGCAGGAUCUCAGAAAGCAAGGGAGGAUGCAGCUCAUAUUCUUUGGAACUUAUGCUGCCACAGCGAUGACAUUCGUGCAUGUGUUGAGAGUGCUGGGGCCAUUCCUGCACUCCUUUGGCUUUUGAGGAGUGGUGGUCCAAAGGGCCAGGAAGCUUCCUCAAAGGCACUUAGGAAGUUAAUUCAUGUUGCUGACUCUGCAACCAUCAAUCAAUUAUUAGCUCUGCUUCUUAGUGACGACUCUACUGGUUCAAAAUACCACGCAAUUACGGUAUUGGGGCAUGUCCUUACCAUGGCUUCGCAUCGAGAUUUGGUACUAAGGGGGGCUCCUGCAAAUAAAGGACUCAGGUCCCUUGUUGAAAUUCUUAACUCGUCAAAUGAAGAAACUCAAGAGUGUGCUGCUUCAGUUCUGGCUGAUCUUUUCAGUACUCGACAAGAUAUAUGUGACAGUCUUGCAACCGAUGAGAUUGUGAAUCCAUGCAUGAAGCUCUUGACCAGCAAAACCCAAGUUAUUGCCACACAAUCAGCUCGGGCUUUGGGUGCACUCUCCCGUCCAAGCAAGACUAAUUCUCCCCAUAAGAUGUCCUACAUAUCAGAAGGUGAUGUGAAACCACUUAUAAAGAUGACUCAAUCAUCUUCCAUGGUUUCUGCUGAGACUGCAGUUUCUGCUCUGGCAAAUCUUCUUUCUGAUCCACAGAUUGCUGAAGAAGCUCUUGCAGAAGAUAUUGUAUCAGCUUUGAUGAGAGUGCUUGAUAAAGGUACUUUGGACGGCAAGAAAAAUGCUUCCCGAGCCCUUCAUCAGUUACUGAACCAUUUCCCAGUUGCUGAUGUGCUUCCAGACAGUUCCCAGUGUCGUUUUGUGGUUCUUACACUUGCCGAUUCCUUAGUUGUCACAGACUUGCAAGGGUCCAACUCCUCUGAUGCUCUAGAGGUACUUUCUUUACUUGCUAGGAAGAAACAAAAUGUACACUGCUGUUAUCCCCCAGGGAUUGCUCUUGCUGAAGUUCCUGGAAGCCUAGAUCCUUUGGUCCAAUGUUUGGCCAUUGGGCUUCCUCCCAUGCAAGACAAGGCAAUUGAAAUCCUUUCUAGGCUAUGUCGAGACCAGCCUGACAUACUCGGUGUUCGUUUGGUAGAACAACAUGGAUGUGUUGCUUCUCUUGCUCAUAGAGUUAUGAAUUCCUCUAGCAUAGAAGUGAGAAUUGGUGGGGUUGCAUUGCUAGUUUGUGCUGCAAAACAACAGAGAGAUAAAACAAUGAAUGCUCUUGAUGCAUCAGGACUUUUGGAGAACCUCAUUUACACACUGGUCAACAUGCUGAAAAAUCAGUCCAAUUUUAAUUCUCUGCAACUGGAAGUGCGGGCUUCUAGAAAUUUGACGGAAAGGAAGACCAUUAGUCAUCUUGGGGAAGAAAAUGACGUUCCUGAUCCAGCAAAUAUUUUGGGGGGAACUGUUGCCCUUUGGAUGCUCUCAAUAAUGUCUUCAUCUUAUGCUAAAUCUAAACUUACUGUCAUUGAAGCUGGUGGUGUGGAAGUUCUCUCAAAUAAGCUUGCAAGUUAUGCUGCCAACCCUCAGGGAGAAUAUGAGGAUACAGAAAACAUAUGGGCAAGUUCCCUUCUUCUUGCUAUUUUGUUCCAGGAGCCAUCUGCCGUCCAGUCCUCAGCCACUAAACUCACUAUUCCUUCUCUAGUUUUUCUUCUGAAGACUCAUGGAAUUAUGGAGAAAUACUUUGCUGCUCAGGCAAUAGCUAGCCUUGCUUGUAUCGGAGGAAAAGGGAUACAACUUGCUAUUGCUAAUUCAGGUGCUGUCAAAGGACUGGUAACUUUACUUGGUCAUGUAGAGUCUGAUAUGCCAAACCUUGUUGCUUUGUCCAAAGAAUUUAAUCUGGUGCAAAGCCCUGAGCAAGUUGUUCUAGAGCAGCUAUUUGAGAUUGAAGAUGUUAGAAUCGGUGCAACUGCUCGUAAGUCUAUACCCUUGUUAGUUGACCUUUUAAGACCAAUGCCAGAUAGACCAGGUGCACCUCCUGUCGCUGUUCGUCUUCUAACUCGAGUAGCAGAAGGAAACGAGGCAAACAAAAUGGCUAUGGCUGAAGCUGGUGCUCUCGAUGCUUUGACUAAGUAUCUAUCUCUGAGCCCUCAAGAUCCAACAGAAACCUCUAUAACUGAACUUUUGGGUAUCUUGUACCGCAACUCUGACCUGCUUCACCAUGAAGUUUCACUUAGCUCAUUGAAUCAGUUAAUAGCAGUUUUGCGUUUGGGUUCAAGGAAUGCUCGGUUUAGUGCAGCCAGGACAUUGCAGGAGCUCUUUGAUGCUGAGAACAUUAGAGAUACUGAAAUGGCCAGGCAAGCUAUUCAGCCUUUAGUUGACAUGCUUGAUAUUGGGUCUGAGAGGGAACAACAGGCUGCUCUUGGUGCACUGAUCAAACUCACUGCUGGUAGUGUCUUAAAGGCAUCGAGUUUGAUUGAUGCUGAAGGUAAGCCAGUUGAGAAUCUCUACAGAAUUUUGUCAUUUAGUUCAUCAUUGGAACUUAAGACAAACGCUGCACAACUCUGCUAUCUACUGUUUGGAAACUCAAAUAUCCGGGCUAUGCCAACUGCUGCUGAGUUCAUCCAGCCCUUAGUAUCACUUAUGACGUCAUACUCAGAUGAGGCAGUAGAAUCUGGCGUGCUAGCUUUAGAGAGGUUACUGGAAGAAGAACACUAUGCAGAUGUUGCAGCAACAUAUGAAGUCGUCAAUCUUCUUGUUGGGUUUACUUCUGGGUCAAAUUAUAAACUUUCAGAGGCCAGUAUCAGUGCACUUGUAAAGUUGGGAAAGGACCGACCUCAAUGCAAGCUUGAUAUGAUCAAAGCUGGAAUAAUCAAUAAUGCACUCGAAAUGCUCCUUAUAGCACCUGGUCCAGUUUGUUCUAAAAUUGCAGAUCUUCUUCGCAUUUUAACCAACAAUGAUGGUAUUGCUAAAAGCUCAGAUGCUGCAAGAAUUGUUGAGCCUCUUUUUAUGCUAUUGCAACGACCAGAUUUUACCAUGUGGGGACAACAAAGUGCCUUGGGAGCACUUGUUAAUAUUUUGGAAAAACCGCAAAGUCUGGCAUCCUUAAAGCUAAGUCCAAGCGAAAUCAUUGGACCUCUAAUAUCGUUCCUCGAGUCCCCUUCGCAGUCUAUCCAAGAGCUAGGCACCGUUGUUCCACUUGUUCAGCUGGCUGGAAUUGGAAUUUUGAGCUUACAGCAAACAGCAAUAAGAGCAUUGGAGAGUAUUUCUAUGAGCUGGCCCAAGGCUGUUGCUGAUGCAGGGGGCAUUUUUGAGCUUUCAAAAGUCAUUAUUCAGGAUGAUCCCCAACCUAGUCAUGCAUUAUGGGAAUCAGCGGCUAUGGUUCUAUCUAAUGUUCUACGAUCUAAUAAAGAAUACUAUUUUAAAGUUACAUUAGUAGUUCUUGUGAGGUUGCUACACUCCACAAUGGAAAACACUGUUACGGUGGCUCUCAGUGCCCUCUUUCUCCAAGAGAGGAAUGAUCCGUCAAGUGCUGUCCUAAUGGCCGAGGCUGGUGCUAUAGAUGCACUUCUGGAGCUUCUGAGAUCUCAUCAAUGUGAAGAGGCUGCUGGAAGACUACUUGAAGCAUUAUUCAAUAAUAUCAGAGUGCGAGAAAUGAAAGUUGCCAAAUAUGCCAUUGCUCCUCUCUCCCAGUAUUUGCUAGAUCCACAGACUAGAUCACAGCCUGCGAGGUUCUUGGCAACACUUGCGCUUGGCGACCUUUUCCAGCAUGAUGGACUUGCCAGAGCUAGUGACGCAGUAUCUGCUUGUCGUGCCCUAAUAAGCUUGCUUGAAGAUCAACCAACAGAAGAAAUGAAAAUGGUGGCUAUUUGUGCACUGCAAAACUUGGUAGUGCGCAGUAGGACAAAUAGGCGGGCAGUUGCAGAGGCUGGAGGAAUAUUACUCGUACAAGAGUUACUCCUAUCUCAGAAUACUGAAGUUGCUGGGCAAGCUGCAUUGCUUAUUAAAUAUCUGUUUUCAAAUCAUACACUCCAAGAAUAUGUAUCCACUGAGCUUGUAAGGUCUCUCACAGCUGCACUAGAAAAGGAGCUUUGGUCAACAGCAACAAUAAACGAAGAAAUUCUACGCACAAUCUUUGUAAUAUUUACCAACUUCAGGAAACUUCGCAUGUCAGAAGCAGCCACCCUCUGUAUCCCACAUCUGGUUGGUGCACUCAAAGCUGGUAGCGAAGGUGCACAAGAAUCAGUAUUGGAUACUCUUUGUCUAUUAAAAGAAUCAUGGUCAGAGAUGAAUGAAGAUAUUGCAAAGGCUCAAGCCCUGAUUGCUGCUGAAGCCAUACCCAUACUUCAACUCCUCAUGAAAACUUGUCCUCCUAGUUUCCAUGAAAGAGCUGAUAGCUUGUUGCAUUGUUUGCCUGGGUGUCUAACGGUGACCAUUAAGCGUGGGAAUAACUUGAAGCAAACAAUGGGGAGCACAAAUGCAUUCUGCCAAUUGAAAAUAGGAAAUGGGCCUCCAAAACAGACUAAGGUUGUGAACCAUAGUACAUGCCCUGAAUGGAAAGAGGGUUUUUCUUGGGCAUUUGAUGUCCCCCCUAAAGGACAGAAGCUUUAUAUUCUCUGCAAGAGCAAAAGUACAUUCGGAAAGACAACCCUUGGAAGAGUAACCAUUCAAAUUGACAAAGUUGUGACUGAAGGUGUAUACAGUGGUCUAUUCAGUCUGAACCAUGACAGUAGCAAGGAUGCUUCAUCAAGAACGCUAGAAAUCGAAAUCGUAUGGUCAAAUAGAAUGUCAGGCGAUGACAUUUAAAACCCUCUUAGAUUAAAGAUCAAAAUCUUUUUAGCUUCAUUUUUGUAGUACAAAGGAAUACAGCAACGGUGGAGAUAGAAUUUGUAAAGGGUAAACAAAGCUCCACGUAGUCAUGGCGAGCUUGCUUGGGGUUAGCAAGGAGAUUGGGAGCUUGGAAUUUCUGGUGAGUUUUUUUUUUAAUUUUUUGUACAGAUGAGUGUGCUAAUUUUGUAAUUACCUAGGGGCUUGUGAUCCUGGGUGAGGAUCAUAGGAGAUUAUUGCUAGGGUGGUGCUGUCAUUCUCUCUUAAUCAUUUGAAGAAGAGAGGAGGAGAGCACCCCCAUUUUCUCUGCAUCUUGUGUAACUAUUGGCACAUGAGAAACAAAUCCAUAGCAUCCAAUUCAAUGCUUAGUUUUCUCUCUCA